AAGACUAUGUCGCUCUGUCUUACACUUGGGACAACUCUGACCACGAAAACCCAGAGAAGGGCAAAUACAAGGUUCAAACUAGAGAUCAACACCCCCGAUUCUUGCCAUCGCCGGUUCGAGACUGCGUUUUUGACCGUGUGUUUUUGUUCAUGCGAGCAAAGGGUCUUCACAGACUUUGGAUCGACAGACAUUGUGUCAAGCAAAGGACCUGCAAGACAAAGGGUAUAUGUACCCAUAACAGAUGCAAGGAGAAACAGCGCGCAAUUGAGACUAUGGAUCUGGUCUACAGUCUGAGCAAGCACCCUGUGGCCUUGCUCGGAAGGCCAAUCGAGUGGGAGUAUGAACUUGAUUUAUUGUAUAAAAUACUUACCGGAAAGCUUGUCAAGGAACUGAAGCAAACAAACCAUUACGAGGUUCUGCAAGCAUUGAGUUUACUGAGUAGGAUAACGGAAGAUCGUUGGUGGACCAGGGCCUGGACAUUCCAAGAAGACUAUCGGGGACGGCCAGAUAUGACGCUUCUCAUCCGACACCCUCAAUUCUUAGAAGCAAAGAAACGGGACUAUAAGAUUUUCUCAAAUGUUCCUAAUGAACUCUGUAUCAAAGCCGUCUGCUUCAGCAAAGCCAGCACCAAAUUUUGCCGUGCGGUCCAGGACGAAUCAACACAACGGGACGACGUAUCACAUCAUACGAAACAUAUCCUGGGAGUGGCAGGGAAAUAUACACUGUUAUUAGACAGAACAAUGCCUAUGACUCCAAAAGUCAUUGCUGACAUCCAAAGACGAAGACUACGCGACGCUUGGGAUAAGUUGGCAAUCAUCGCUAAUUGUUGCCAAUACGACAUCCGAAUGGAUCAUAAGCACAUGAAAGAACCAAAGAGCCUCAGUAUAUCGAUACUAGCGAUGUGUAUCCUUAAUGGAGAGAUUCUUUUGAAUGAGUCCCGAGAGGAUCGUUCCUCCAUGCUUGAAAAGACCCUGUCCCAGUUCUUGGAAGAGCAAGCAUUCAAAGGGUUUUGUGCUCCCGAGAGCCAGCGCGAUCUCACUUUCAAUAAAGGAUGUCGGUUUGUUGGCGUUGAAUUCACGCCAAUUGGCAUCAAGACAAAAGGUCAUCUUUGGAAACUGGGUAGAAUCAUUGAUACCUCAAGAUUUCGUCUUCCAUUGCCCGAGGCGAAGAAAAAGCCUUACUCUGUUGCCGAGGACGAACAACGACGCCUUACUCACCUUGCUGGUGAACUGAGGCGCUUGCAUGAGACAACACUUGCUAUGCAUAUUGAAAGGUUUCUGAACAAUGGUCACACCGCGCCGGAUGAAAAUUUUGAGAAUGAGACGUUUUCUAGGUGGUAUAUGCGUAUUAUGGCGGAAGAGCUGGUUGCGGCGAUCGAGAAAGGCAAGCUACUCCGAUUAGGGCGAAUUUGGAACCCCCAGACAAACGAAAACCCAUGCUCUGCUAUAUUUAUCUGGGACGCCGAUGUUACUAAAAAUACCGACAUCAAAGGCAAACCGUACAGGUGCAACAAUUACAGCAAGAGAGACAGAAGACCAGAGUUUGCUUUCACCGCCUCGAGACCUCUGCAACGCGGUUUCCAAAAGCGUGGUACUAAUGAUCUAGAUCACCACGUGUCACUCGAAGUUAAGUGGUUGUCGUUGCGGGAUAAGUCUCCCAAUGAUCAACCUCAACUUUUCAUCAAGCGCUGGCUUGUGGGAUUAUGUUUCUUCUAUGAUUUCCCAAGGACAGAUGUGGUUUUCCCGUGGCCCUCCUCUUUCCAUAGAGUCGGUCAUUAAUUCAUUCCCAUGUGUAUUUAACUUCGUUGCCGGCUGCGGACGUAGCAGAAACAAAUCAAACGUUGCGGAGCAACAAUAUUCUCGCGGAAGGACAAGGAAGAAAAACAAUUUAUUUGGUGGCAUAGCAAGCACCAUGGGCUCAUCAGACACUUCGCCAAAUCCCGACAGUCUGGAACUCUUGCACAUCCACUACCAGCAUCCAACAUCAAGAUCCAUCCUAUUACGGCGGGCAACUAGCAAUCACUCUUUUUUCCAAGAGCUACAUGCCCUAUGUCAUACAACCCGAACAGGAGUUAAUUCGAACGCCUACUCUUCUAUUCUUAAUCGUUGUGUCCUCGUAAUUGUCGCGUACCCUAUCAAGAAUUAUCAUCAGAAACGCAUUGCGUUUCCUGUU